AGUGGGUUUCGGCUCCUCUCUGCUCAGCUGUGAUUUUCUCCCUGGAAGGGGAAUUUCUUUUUUUCACUGCUCGGCGUCACAGGGCGAGGAUGGAUGCUGGAUCAGCCAUGGUGCUUGUUACCCUCCUCCUCCUCUCCAUCGUGUGGUUCCUGGGCUGGAGAACCAGCAGGAAGAGAAGCAGGCUGCCUCCAGGACCUGCUCCAUGGCCCAUUCUGGGCAACCUAUGGCAAAAGGAUGUCCUGCCUCUCUAUAGGACCUACGACAAGCUCAGCAGCAGGUAUGGCCCCAUCUUCACCGUCUGGCUGGGGCUGAAGCCGGUGGUGGUGCUCUGUGGGUACGAGGUGGUGAAGGAUGCUCUGGUGGGCCACUCUGAGGAGUUUGGAGGGAGACCUGAAAUACCUCUUCUGGUGCAGCUAUCGAAAGACUACGGUUUUGUCUCCAACAACGAGAAGAAGUGGCGGGAGCUGCGGAGGUUCACGCUCAGCACCCUGCGGGACUUCGGGAUGGGGAAGAGCUCCAUGUCUCAGCGGGUGCAGCAGGAGGCCCAGCACCUGGUGGAGCUGCUGGCAGAGCUCAAAGGAAAUGCUUUUGAGCCGAUUAUAGUGUUCAGACAUGCUGUUGCCAAUGUGAUCUGCUCUGUUGUCUUCGGGAGCCGUUACAGCUACAGUGACACGGCCUUUCUGGAGCUACUGAACAUGAUUGGGAAUUACGUCAGCUUCUUCCUCUCCCCCAUCGCCGUGGUCUACAACACCUUCCCCAACAUCAUGCACCACCUCCCUGGGCCACACAAUAAAGCCUUUGCCGAGUGCAAGAAGCUGAAGGACUACAUCCGAGAAAGAGUUGAGCUUCACAAGCUGAGUCUGGAUCCCAGCUGCCCCCGGGACUACAUCGAUUGUUUCCUUAUGAAGGCAGAGAAGGAGAAGAACAGCUCGGAGAACAUGUACAGCAAUGAAGACUUGGUCAUGUCAGUGUUCAACCUCUUUGGUGCUGGGACAGUGACAACUAGCAAUUCCCUGGUCUUCUGUGUCUUGAUCCUGGCAAAAUACCCCCAUAUUCAAGCCAAGAUCCAGGAGGAGAUCGAUGUGGUGGUGGGUGCUGGUCGUGCUCCCAGCAUGGAGGACAAGCUGAGGAUGCCGUACACCAACGCGGUGAUCCACGAGCUGCAGCGCUUCCACAAGACCCGCAUCGAGAACUUCCCGAGGAUGACGACACAGGACGUCGUGUUCAGGGGCCACACCAUCCCCAAGGGCACAGUUGUUAUUCCAGUACUUUCUUCCGUGCACACGGAUCCGACCCAGUGGGAGAACCCUCAAGAAAUCCACCCAGGGCACUUCUUGGAUGAGAAGGGCGAGUUCAGGAAGCGUGAAGCCUUCAUGGCUUUCUCAGCAGGGAAGAGGAUGUGCCCGGGAGAGGCGCUGGCCCGCAUGGAGCUCUUCCUCUUCCUCACCACCCUCCUGCAGAGCUUCACCUUCCAGCUCGCCGGCGAGUACAAGGAGACUGACCUGUUCUCCCUGUGGCUGGAGAUAGAGAGGAGGGCAAUACCAGGCAAGUUCUUCGCUAUUCGGCGCCUGGUGUCCUCCUGAGCAAAGGGCAUCAGGGAGGAGGAAGGUGUCUUCCAGGUGCCUUCACUUCUUCUGAAGUCAGAGCAGGCCGUGCCACCAUGAGUGCUACAGCAGCGGCCAUCAAGGAGGGGGGCUUUGAGCUUCUCCUGGGAGAUCUCCCAGACACCAGCUCCAUGGGCAUCCUGGCUCCCAGCCCUUCCCCUCCAUGUCCCAGUAACACGGGGAACACAGCACUGGUUUUCCUUCUCCCGUAUCUAUUAACUCUGGUUGAACCUCUUGCUCCUUGGGGUAGGGCUGCCUGUGGCUCCCCAGCUCAGCUGGGCCCUCCCUCGUUUUGGUGCUUCUGCAAUAAAAAUAACCGUUGGAAUGGGA